CGCAUCACUCCGCACUCGAGGUGCCAAACUCCGGCUCUCACACAACUCUGUGGACGCGGGGACGUGGACAAGCUGGACACUUCCUAAAAAGAAAACAAAAAAAGACAAAUUACAAAUAAAAAAAGGAGGAGAAGAAAAAGGGGGUCCAGUGGUUUAGAUACCCCCCCUCCUCCUCAGUCUUCUUCUUGCUUGGGAUUCCUAUUUUCUCUUUUUUCCCCGCUUUUUCCCACCUCAUCCUCUGUCACUUUGACGCGGUUUUUUGUUUUUACCUGGACAUGUCUUUCCCUCAGCUGGGGUACCCGCAGUUCCUCAGCGCGGCCCAGGAGCUGUACGGGGGCGAGCGCCCGGCGUCCGCCCGGGAGGACGGCGCGGAGGGCGGCGUGAGCUCCGCGGCGGCCGCGGCGGCCGUGGGCUCGGUUCUCGGGGUGUACGGCAGCCCGUGGGCGGCGCACAACUACAGCGCCUUCCUGCCGUACGGCGGAGCCUCGGACCUGGCGCUCAUCUCGCAGAUGACCUCGCAGUACGAGUUGAAGGACAGCCCCGGGUCCCACCCGGCCUCCCUGCCCGUCCACGCCGCGGCGCAGGGCUUCUACCCGUACGGCCAGUACCCGUACGGGGACCCGUCCCGGGCCAAGACGGCCACCAGGGAGACCACCAGCACCCUGAAGGCCUGGCUGCAGGAGCACCAGAAGAACCCCUACCCCACCAAAGGAGAGAAGAUCAUGCUGGCCAUCAUCACGAGGAUGACACUCACACAGGUGUCUACCUGGUUCGCAAACGCGCGCAGACGCCUGAAGAAGGAGAACAAGGUGACCUGGGGCCGCAGCGCCGAGGACCGCGACGGCCGCAUCUUCAGCAGCGACAACGAGGACGAGCACGGCAAGAACGGCAGCGACGACGAAGACGAAGAGGAGGAGAUCGAUCUGGAAACGGUCGAUAUCGAAAGACCCGAGGAGCAGAGGACGGGGGAGCAAGCGGAGGGAGAGGAGGGCCUGUCUGUCGGAGAGCAGGCCUCGGAGUCACAGAGCUCCGAGAAAGACAGCAGGACGCUUCCCGCGGAGGACCUGGGCCGGGCGGACACCACGGGGGUUUCCGUCUCGCCCGGUGUCAAACUCGCAGUGGAUCGUUCACCCGGCAGGCAGGAGUGCCAGAGACCGCCGCAGAGUAAACCUAAAAUAUGGUCUCUGGCCGAAACCGCCACGGCCCCCGACAGCUCUCACAAAGCCUCCCCGGCGGCCUACGCGCACCAGGCCGGCCUGGUCUCCCCGGGCCACCCGGCCCUACUCCCGGCUCAUGGAAUAUAUACGUGCCAGAUUGGCAAGCUGCACAACUGGGCCAACGCGGCUUUGCUGAAUGCCAACUCUCUUUUGAACAUGAGAUCGUUCCUGGGAGGCGCGCCGGCCGGACACCUGCCUCUCCAAGGCGCGCUGCCGGCUGCGCGUCAUGACGCACGGCCGGCGGCCGGCGCGGGGACUUCGGGCACGGAGGACGACAGCGACGUGGAGUCGUCGGGAAGUUUCAGUCCAAAACGAGAUGAUGAGGGGAGCCAUCACAGGCCCGAGUCCCUGAAGUCUCCAUUUCAGCUCAUCACUGACAGACCUCAUCAAGGGAAGGCGCCGCAGCGAGUUCUGACCACGACGUUAUGAGAAGAUGAAGCAAAACAAACAGGGAAAAAAAAGAUUGAAAAAAAUUUUAUUUAAUGGAGAACAGUUACAUGGAGGCUAUUUUUCUGAGCGGGCGAGCUGCCAUAGCGUUACAGUUUAGCGUCUACAAGCGAAACAGAUGGUUGUUUUUGUCCCAGAUCUGCUUAUAUCUUUCCUUGUCUUUAUUUUCCUUUUUCUUUUGCUGUUCUGUUGUGAAUGAAACCUGAAAAUUGUAAAUAUGGGAUAUGAAUUUGUCUUUAA